GGCCGCACCCGAGAAUCCUAACCUCGGGCCCUCGGCAUUGAACUUGGAGCCUAGUAGGGGAAAAUGGAAGAGCAAUUUCAUUAACGAGUGGAUUUCGCGUGAGCUAUCGCCGAUGUGUUCAUACUUUUGACGUUUUGUUAAAGACAGACGCUAAUUGUAUAAUGUCCUCUGGUAAAACUAGAGUUAAUCCUCGGAAGUGACAUACCACAAUGGUAGGGUUAAGGAAAAAUUUUCCCUACUGAUUAUCGUCUGCUACCAAAACUUGAAUGUAAACACAUCUUGCGGCGCAGAAACUCGACAAAGUAAUCAAAGGAGGGAUGUAAAUCAGACAAGUGAACAAUUUAAAAUGAGACUGAACACCAAAGACACCAUAUGAUGAGGUGGGGUCGUAAGGGACACUUGUUUGUAGGAGGGGUGAUAGCAGUUUUGGUGGUGACUGGAUUAAUUCAUGCGUUCUUUCCUCAAGAGGGAAGCCUGCCCAAUGAAUAUAACACAAAUGCAUCAGAAUUCUUAGCAAGAGAAUAUGGAUCAGUUUUGAAACCAAAGGUUCUACAUGCAUGUCAAAGUAACACAGUCGAGGUUCUGCUGAUUGUAACAUCUGCUGUCAGUAAUCUGGAUGCCCGUACAGCAAUUCGAGACAGCUGGUUACCUAAUUUACCGUCCACAUACCACCUUAUAUUUUUCUUGGGUUCAACUGACAAUGCUGUUUUACAGGGACAGGUAAAUGAAGAGUCAAGAAAGUUCCAGGACAUAUUCCAAGAUCCAAGAUUCAUUGACUCUUAUUAUAAUCUCACAUUUAAAUCUCUGGCUCUUCUGCAAUGGACAAAUAAAUUUUGCUCAAAUGCAAAGUACCUCCUUAAGAUUGAUGAUGAUAUGUAUCUUAACAUCCAUAAGCUUUCUAACCUAACUACCUGCAUCACUCAUGCUAGGAAUAAUAUGGAUGUAUCUCAAGGCACUACUGGUAGUAAUAAGGGGUCCACUGAAUAUAAUGAAUUGAGCAACUGUUCUCAAGUUAAGCCAUACAAUUUAAUUAACUAUUAUAUUAAUUCAGAAUCUCAUGAAUAUGAAUCUUACUUCUUUGGUGGAUAUUUAUAUGAAAAUGUGAAAGCUGAUAGGAACCCUAACUCUAAGUGGUAUUUGCACCCCAAAGUGUAUUCUGCAACUAUUCUUCCUCCAUUCCUCUCUGGUACUGCUUAUAUUAUGAGCUCUAACCUUAUACAACACCUACUUUAUGCAUGUAAGCAUGAACCAAUAAUUCCUCUGGAAGAUGUUUACAUAUCUGGACUUCUGGGAAGCAAGGGUCUAAAGCUAAAGCUAAGUCACGUGGAGGGCUGGAGUAGAUUUAGACCAAGGUGGAACACUUUGUGUUUGUUUCAUGACCUCCUAACUGCACAUGGGCUUUCACCAUCAGAACUAUUGUCAAUAACUACAUCUGUUAAUAACUUAGAUAAAGAGGAAUGUGAUACAUUUGGUGUGCAAUUCAUUAACUAUUUUAAUACUCUAAUCUCUCACUUUUUUCCAAAAAUUACGUAAUAAGUAAUUUUCAUUAUCACUUACUAGCAAAUGGAAAUACAUUCACAUUGUGCAUUUUGCAUUAACAGCGUUGGAAUUACUUCUGUGUACAGUGAUGCUCAAAUCUCAUGCGACAUGACUCCAUAGGAUUUCAUUCAAAAUUCACUAACUGGCAACCUAGCAUGUUCCAUAUUUAUCUAUUUCAAUGCAAAAACGCAAUUAUAGCAUACAAUAAUGCCAUAAUAUAUUUCAUAAGAGUGAAAUCUGUCAUAUAUUUCAAAACUAAGAAAAUGUCACAUGUAGCCAAAUUUCAGAAAAACUCUUACGAAACAUUUUCAAAACUUUCAUUCACUCAUCACUGAAGCAUUUGACCAAACGAAGUCGUCAUCAAACCUCAGUUUAAAUGUCUAAUAAAAAAAAGAAACAAAAAUUGCCAUAACAUGAAAAAUGCUUCCAAAGCAAGCAUAAAAUUUGAAAUAGACCUUUUUGAUUACUUUUUCACCUUAAUGCUGAAAAAUAUCAAAUAUGUAUAUACAAAAGCAGAAUGCUCCCACCAAUAUCGUGUGAGGGGAGCAUGUGUGAUGUAUCAUUAGUGUCGGUGCAACAACCACCACCUGGUGUAACAUAAGUAGGUCUACAAUGAGUAGCGAUCAUGAAAUUAUCUUGAAAAAAAUUUACUUUAUAUAUGUUAGAGGAAUAUUUGGAUUUUCAUACAUAAUUUUUUGUUAUAUUUCUUAAAUAUUUUAAAAAUGAUGGCAUACUAGCAAAUAUUUGCCUAUGCAAUUAUUCUAUUGUCAAAGCCAAGAUAUUAUUCUUAGCCUUAGGUGUUAGAUUUCUUUACUUUACACUUAACAUUCCCAUCUCUCUAUUAAUAAUUUCUGGCCAGAAAGCAAAUGAAGUUAUAUACACAUUCUUGCACUUCAAGUUACCUUAUGAAAGAAUUAAUUAUAUACACCAAAAGGGAGCAGAAAGACUUUUAAGAAAAUAAUAUUUUUAAACCAGUUGAAAAACAAGUAAUCCAUACACCUUGAUAUUAAUACUUAUGAUAUUUCGAUUAAUAGCCUUCUUCUACAUAUAACCAAAAUCAUCAUCAUCUUUUCCUCAAAGAACAGGUAAUCUCUACAAUUAAAAAUAUUAGUAACAGAUUACAUCUCGGAAGGCUUAGAUUAUUUUUCUAGGCCUAUAAAUCAUUUUGCAACAUACAGGCAGCUUAAACACAGCCUGAAACUUCGACAUUCAAUGAAAAGUGGUUAUAAUAAUUUACAUUCCUAUUGUAUUCCUAAAAGAACAGAUAAUCUCUCCGAAUAAAUUCAUCAGUAACCGAUUAUAUCUCAGAAGGCUGAGAUUUUUUAGGCCUAUAAAACAUUUUGCAAUAUACAGGUAGCUUAAACACAGCCGAAAACUUCAACAUUCAAAGAAAACUUGUUUUAAUUCAUAUUCCUACUUUGAAAUUGUUGUUAUGACUGUUGAGCUUAUUAGGUCUACUGUUAUUAUGCUGCAGACAUGGUUAUGAUGACCAGUCCGAGGAGCAUGUUAAGCGUGUUUUCAUUGCUGGCACCGUUAACUUCAUCACAACGCACUUUAAACUGAGCAGCGUAAAAAAAAUUUUUUUAAAUCAGUUCAAAUCACACACAUUACGAAUUAUGCCAAUGCAUAGAAGGGAUCAUAUCUAUUUAACCAUAAGGAAAAUAGGGCUAGCUGUGAAUUAGCAAACUUUUCGACAUGUAUGACAUUACAAAUAAAAAAAGUUUAGCACUACUUGGCAAGGUCACGUUGAGUCUGAGAAUGUGGACAAUACAAAAAAAAAUCAUGUCGCAUUAGAUUUGAGCACCACUGUACUUCCAGUGAAAGGUAACCAUGUGAUAUUCAAAUGUUCUUCAGCAAGUCCAAAACAUAAUUUAUUGGGACACUUGUAAAUGCAAUUCACGUCAGGACUCAAGGGUUGCUAUUUGUUUGUUUAUAAUGUUUAUGAGCUGAUGCCUGGACGAAGUUCUUAGUUUUACUUAGGUUUGAAGGUAGUGUUUGGGGGUGAAGAACUUAAUUCUGUCGAGUAUAAAAUUAAAGCAUUAAGAGCAAAGAAAGAGCAGCUUCGCUGUAUCAUUUUACCAGAAAUUGCUCCUAAAUUUAAAAACCAGUAUCCUAGUCAAGCACCAAAAAGUGGAAAUAUAUAUUAUUAACAGUAAAAAUUAAAAAUUUCCAUAUUUUCCUGGUUAUUUACCCAAUUACAGUAUUAUUAUUAAACUGUGUGAAAAAAUCACAUUCCCAGGCAAGCCAAAACAUUUCUUUAAGUAGAGGUAAAGCUACAAAAAAAAAAGGGGGGGUGAGUGGAAGUAAAUCACACAACUGGAGCUACAGGGGUGGUGUGAACAAACUUCUUCAUUGCCUGCAGUGUGCCGCUAUGUAAAUUGUGAUUGGUAUCCCCUAUCUUAGUAUUUUCUUAAAAAUAGGGCUUACCUAGUUAAGAGUUUGUUUGCUGCACUGGCUGAUUAUCUUAGAAAAUACUACUUGUUACAACACCUAAAAUAUUUGAGAUAACACAUGAACAAACAUCAGAACUAACCUAAAAUCUAUAAAUGCCACAUUUUUACUUUGCAAAAAAAAAAUGGAUAAUGUUUUGUAGGGUUAAAUGAAGACCUUAAAAUACUCAAGAAUGUUUUGUUUACCAAAUGUCAAUAUUUUUCUAUAAUAUUCAUUUUAGAAAUUCUUACUUAUUGUGAUCACGAAGUACUAAGAAUUCCAUUUUAGUUUUUUCACAUUAAUAUGGACCAAUGAUUUAUUUAAAAAAUCUCGACACAUUACCAAAUAUUUCUCAUGUAUUAUAUAAUGUAGUGAUGCAGUGCAUUUAUACGCACAGGAAAGAUAGGUGGUGUAAGUGUCAUGCUGACUGCUGUGAUAUUAAAAAUAAAAAGUGUCAUGAUAUUACAUAAUCCAGUAUUACUGGGUAGAUAAAAAAAAAACAUAUACCUACCUGUAACGUUUUAUUU